CGCCAGCUGUAUAUCAAUGAUCACUGCUUGGAUUGUUCGUAAUGUCAGAUUAUAAUCGGCGACGGGCAAGGAUUGGGUUCAUUGUCAUUCGUUCAUCGUCGAUCGCAUUUCGCGUACUUAUACGCGCGUGUGUGGCCGCGUGCGUGUCAAUGAUUACGCAUUUGUAUCAGAUCGCCACGUAACAAGGCGCGAUUGCGUGCGGCAGAAGCACGUGUAUCAUUGAAAGACGGACCACGUGGGAUGUACACGCCACAAAGGAAGAAUGGAAAAUUCGUUGCGCAGUCUCUCGCUUUCUCCUUGUCUCCUCUUUCGCGCCUUUCUCUCUCUCUCUCUCUCUCUCUCUCUCUGUGUCUUUCAAUUCUUUCCUUCAUCGCUCUACUUGUUGCAGCCGACAAUAGUGUAUACUAUCUGCUUGUCACGUCAUAGGGUUGAUAAAUCGAAGACGUCCGCAUCAUGUUCCUAUUACCUCUCCACUUUCUUUCACUUCCUCGAAUUCGUCUCUCUAUGCGGCUCUGCCAAGUUCUAUCUAUAUAAAGUCUCAUCUAGUCCAGAGAUCUAGAUCGCUAAUAGAUUAUUCUUUCAUGAUACUUUUCCUAAGCUCGAAAGCGGAAGAAAACCUCGAACAGGUUUUUCUGGAGAAAUUGCAAUUGUAAACUAUUGCGAGCGCCAAAUAUGGUGUUUUAGGAAAGAAGCGUCGUUGCAUUAUGGAAACGUGACAGGAACCAGAAAAUUCUUAUAUUACAAUGUAAAACAAAGCAAACUAAAGAGAUUUAUAAAGUUCCCACGGAACUUCCACUCAACAUGGCAUAGGAUUGAGCUGUCGCUAUAGUGAUGUAUGGAAUAAUACUUCCCGGGUGUCACAAUACGGUUAAUCGUCCUAAAGCCGAUGUUAAGCCGCCUAUUCAGGAUGCUAUGGAAGGGGAGGUAGCUUCAGAAUUGCGCUUAUAAUGGCCGCAAACAGUAGCGAGGUAGGCGAGUCGGUAUAAAAUCGAACGAUUCCUCGAUCAGUCACAGUAUUCGGACUUGUCCUUACGGUGUAUCGUCAUCGUGAUCUUUACUGUGCAUUGUUGUACUAAGACGCAAGAGAUGUAUCACACUAUUGUUACCAUCAUUGCCACUGUUUGUUGUUUCCUCGUAUUGAGAGCAACAGCGGAAGAGAUUGUCCAACAGAAUCAACAAUCUCUGGACCUCGGAAAUGUCGCUAUCGAAGAUCAGGUCGAUGGUGGCGCGAUACACACCAGGGAAAAGAGAACGUUAUUCUUGAAAAAGAAGCUGCUCGGCGCUGGUCUUCUUGGUUUCGGUCUUGGAAUCGCAAAGGGUUACAAGGCUGGUUACUAUACUGCACCGGAAGUGCAUCACGUUUACCUUUCGCCACCAGAGAAGUACGUGGAAUUCGUUGAGAAACCCAUUUACAUAGAGAGAAUUGUCCCAAAACCUAUUUAUAAACCGCAUGCUGAGUAUGCUGCUCCAGUCUGGUCGCAACCAGACCCAUCCUAUGGUUCCUGGUAAAUCUGGAAUGCAAUUUGAAUUACAGCGUAUAACUGCGUACCAGUCUGAUCUCCUUGUUAUACCUCGAAAUUCUAGGAAAUUCUAGGAAAUUCUAGGAAAAUAAUUACGGGUGCAUCAUGUUGAGUCUCAGUCAGGUUACCUAAGUUUAAGUAUAUAAGAAUAACAAUAAGAGUAUCUAGUGUAAUCAGAGAGAUUGUUAUUUUUGUUACCGAUGUUACAGAUUAAAUAAAUUAC